AUGCCACUUAAGCGCAACUUAUGGGACGAAGACGAAUCUGAUGAUGAAGAAUCAUCACGUAGCAUGCAAAUUUUUAUUAAAACAAUAACAGGCAAAACAGUUACAAUAGGAGUGAAACCAUCAGAUACAAUUGAAAAUGUGAAAGCAAAAAUUCAAGAUAGGGAAGGUGUUCCUAUAGACCAACAACGUCUGAUAUUUGCUGGAAAACAAUUAGAAGAUGGAAGAACAUUAUCUGAUUAUAAUAUUCGAAAAGAAUCCACUUUACAUUUGGUACUUCGAUUACGCGGUAGUCGACGUGAUGAAAGUGAAUCAACUGAUAUAAAACAGAGAAGAACUAUUAAUAAUAUGAAAGUAACUAAUAAUAAUGAUAAAGAUUACGAAUCUAUUAAUUCAAGUCAAAUGGGUGGUCUUAGUGAACAUGUUGUUUAUAAUAUCAAUACAUCGAUUACAAUUCGUUCCCAUGACAGUGCUUUAGUAACUAUUAAUAAAUGGCAAAUGGAUGCACAAUUAGUACUUUAUUAUGAUCCAAAAAUUAAUGAUUUAAAUGCAAUAAAAGCUGUUCAUUUACGAAACAGUAGUAAUGUUGUAUUAGCACCUGGAAGUAUUGCUGUUUUGGAUAAUGGACGUUUUGUUGCUCUGUGUGCUUUUACACCAAUGCUGCCAAAUGAUGAUCAAUUGAUCAAUUAUGGUCUUGAUUCAACUGUAUCGAUUCUUCGUACAACUCCAACAGCACUUCAAGAAGUUCAUACUGAAAGUGUUGAUAUAAUUUAUACUGAAACUGAUAACGUUAUUUCACAUGUGAUUCCGUCUGGCAUCGAUCUUCAACAAAUUUAUAUAAAACGCACACGUUACUUAAUUAAAAAUAAUUCUUUAGAUCGACCGGUAACCAAAUUUUAUAUUGAUCAUGUUACUGAUCCAUCAUUGGGUGGAUAUGUUGUAAAAACACAACAGCAAUGCAUUAAAUCAGUUAUGGGUUUCAGCCGUUUUGAAUUAAAACUUGAACCACAGCAAGAGAUUGAAUUUAUUGUUGAUGAACAAGCACGACAUAGUAAAAAGAUUUUUGAAGUACCAGCACUUGAAUCAUUUUUGGAGAAACAAGUUUCUGAACUUACUCAAUUGAAAUUAACUGAUGAGAAAACAAUUAAUUUAAUUCAACAGAUUAUCACAUAUAAAUAUGUUCGUCAAGUUCUUCAACAUAUGAUUGAUAGUACAAUAACAGAUAAUGAAAUUCGAACAUGGACACCAAAACGUGAUUUAAUUCCAACAUCAUUAUUUGAUAAAGCGGUUACUAUUAUUGAUACACAGAUGAUGAUACGUGAACUUGAAACAAGAAUAAAAACACGUGAAGCAGACAUUAAAUCAAUAUUUGAAAAUCAAGAACGUACUCGAAAGAGUAUAAAAUCAUUAGAAAAAAUUGAUAAAACUGAUUUAAUAAGACGUUAUUUAAAAGAUUUAAAUACAGAAGAAUAUGAAUUACAACAGACACGACUUGAAAUAAAAACAAUCCAAGAUGAACUUAAUAAAAAACAACGAGAAUUAGAAGAAAAACAAGCAUCACUUAAACAUGAAGCAAAAGAGACUCAAACAAACCUUCACACGUAA